UGGCAGAUUCUUCAUCUGAAUCUAUUGGCGGGAGAGCAGGAAAAUGUUUGGCGUGUAGCAGCGGAGCGACGAUCGAUACAAACGCGACGCAGCAGGAGAAAUGGCAGGUAUGACGGCGUCGAAUGAACAUCAGCAACAACGCGCGGUGGUAUGGUUGUCAGAGCUCGAGGAUGGGAGGCGUCGACUGCAAGAGAUUGUGUGGGUGAUGUCAUCCCCAGCAAAUCACCCAUCUGCGGUCCGAGGGGGCGGGGCUCAGAUGGCUGAUUGGUUGGAGGAUAUGUCACAACAGAUGCUGGACAUCAUCAUCUGGAUGAUGGAGAAGGGGCCGGAUCCUUGGCUUGAUGACAUCAUCGAUUGGGAGCAGGAGCGGGAUAUCACACGUAGAUGCUACAAUCUCUUCAGGGAAGGGCGAGCAAUCGCCGAGAGCUAUUACUGCGAGGACUGCGAUGACGACGGCAACAGCCGUGCGGACAACAACAACAACAACAACAACAACAACAACAACAACAACAACAACAACAACAUCAACAUCAACAGCGACAACAACAACAACAACAACAACAACAACAACAACAACAACAACAACAACAACAACAAUAUUGACAGCAACAACGACAUCAACGUCAUGAACAACAACAACAACACCGACAUCGUUGACGGCGACGUCAACAGCAACAACAACGAAGCCAAUACGACGGCGGAAAUUCCAAGAACGAUGGGGACACUGGUCCAGAAAGCUGCGUUUUCGACUGCGGCAACAACAACAAUUGAGACACCAACAACAGGAAUAACAACAACGACAAUGACAAUGGCGCCUGCAUUGCUGGUGGUGAUAACGACAGCAGUGACAUCAGCUGCAACAACAGCAAAAACAUCUCAGGGGGAGAGGACCGGGGAUCUGAAGAAGCCGGGGAGGAAGGGAUUAGUGGUGAAAAAACGUCAUAUCGUCUCCCCCCCCUGUUCUUUUGAUGUCGAAUCGCUCCCUGAUGAUUGGCCGCUGGUGGGAAUAGGAUAGGAGAUGCCCCCUCUGUUCAUUGAAACCAUCAGCCCCUCGAUCUC